AUGACUCCCCAAGCAUUCCCCCAAUUAGGCGGUGCAGGACCUAGUCCCGGCGCUCGCGGCUGGGACCAGCAAGGAGCAGCAAACUUUGGUGGGGGACCUGGGAUGCCCUCUGCAGGAGGCUAUGGUCAACAGCUUCCAGGAGGUGCGGCCGGAUACGGCCGCGGACAGUCUACUCCGGCAUCAGGUUGGGCUCAGCCGAAUAGUGGAAGCUUCGGGAAUGGGUUUGGAGGAUAUCAACCUUGAAAAAAAAUACACAACAACAAACAUCGAAAUUCCUCCCCCGCCUUUUUUUCUUUUCGUUUUAGUUUCCUGUGCACGCACCACGACUGCUAGGAUGGCAUGAUGUCUCCCACAUGAAAAAAAAAACUCUUCUUUCUACCUCAGCCCACCACCCCCUGCAAAACAAAAAAAUAAUUAAAUACCCCUGCCGCGCAAGCUCGACAUAUUAUUAGGAUUGAUUGAUUGAUUGAUUGAUUUUUUUUGUUUGUUUUGUUUGUGAGGAAGCUAUUUCGAUUUUUGUUGUUUCCUAUGUCAAUUUUGUUGUGUUUUCUUCUCUGGUUUACCUUCUAACGUCUUUCAAACCACACCCUAUUCUUUCGCCUCUCCGAUUCUUUUCUCUUAUUCAUCCCCUUUGCUUGUCCUAUUCCUUCCCCUCACUUUGUCUCUCCCCUCUUCUUUUCGUCCAGCUUAACGCUAUUAUUCCAAUCUCUCAUUUGUUUUCCUUUACUGCAGUUACUGCAGUUACUUUAUUUAACGCCAUCUGAUUGACCCGUCUCUUGCUCUGCCAAAAAAAAAAGUUUUUUAACUCAUUGAAUUAUUGAAAGUAUUAUGGGUCUUGUUAUUCUACUUUAUUUCCUUCAAUUUCCAUCCUUUCCUCCGCUUUAUUUGUCACUGAACUAUAUCGAAAUUGUUUCUUUUCGACUUCUGUUUCUCACCCAACCCGCUCCCUUCUUUUCUAGUGGUUGCUUGGGUCCUUUUUCUCUCGGAAAUGAAAUUCUUCUUUUUCAAUU